GUCUCCCUCUCGACCCUUGCUUGCUUCACCUCCUCCCAUUCGUUCUUAUUCCCGGGCGUCCUAGAUCGUCGCCGUCGUCUUGUUUCCUUCAUUCGAUAGAUCUACUCCCGGCCGGCCGGCCGGCUGGGAAGCUAGCUAAUUAAUUAAGGAAGAUAUAUAUAAUAAUGUUGAGCUGGCUUCGUCGCUUCCCUCACGACGUGUUGCACAGGAAGGACAACGGCGGCGCGGGGCGGAGAGCGGCGUCAUCGACGACGUGGAGGAACAAGAACAACAACAGCUUCACGGCCCGGAUCAUCCGCUGCGCCUCCUCCGCCGCCCGCCGCCGCUUUGAUGAUGACGACGACGACCGGCAGCUGCCGUCGUCGCCCCCUCCUCCAGGGCCACCACCUGCAGAAGAAGAAGAAGAUGAUGAUGACGAUGAUUACAGCAGAAGCAAGGAUAGGAACAACAAGGUGGGCGUGGUGUCGGCGCGUGCGUUCUCGUUCCGUGAGCUGGCGGAGGCGGCGGGCAACUUCCGGCAGGAGCACUUGAUCGGCGAGGGCGGAUUCGGCCGCGUCUACAAGGCCCGCAUCAAGGAGCAGCAGGAACAAGUGGUGGUGGCGGUGAAGCAGCUUGACCGGAACGGGCCUCAGGGCAACGGCGAGUUCGUGGUGGAGGUGCUGAUGCUGAGCAUGCUGCACCACCCCAACCUGGUGAGCCUGCUGGGGUACUGCGCCGAGGGGGAGCAGCGCCUGCUCGUCUACGAGUACAUGGCCCUGGGGUCCCUCGAGGAUCACCUGCUGCUCAUCAGCAAUCAUCCCCUCCUACCAUGGCGCACGCGGAUGCGGAUCGCGUGCGGCGCCGGCCGCGGCCUGGAGUACCUGCACGAGCGGGGCGUCAUCUUCCGCGACCUCAAGCCCUCCAACAUCCUCCUCGACGACCACCACAACCCCAGGCUCUCCGACUUCGGCCUCGCAAGGCUCCUGCCCCCCUCAAAUAGCAGCUCAUCAUCAAAUAGCAGCAGCAGCAGCACGGGCAGCAGCCGGGUUAUGGGCACCUACGGGUACUGCGCCCCCGAGUACCUCCGCACCGGCAAGCUCAGCGCCAAGUCCGACGUCUACAGCUUCGGCGUCCUGCUCCUGGAGCUCAUCACCGGCCGCCGGGCACUCGACGCCAGCCGCCCUGACGGCGAGCAGAGCCUCGUGGGGUGGGCGGCGCCCAUGUUCGGCGACCCCACCAGGAUCCACGAGCUGGUGGACCCGCGCCUGGUGAUGGCCAUGCAGGGGCCCCCGGCGCCGGAGCUGAAGCAGGCCGUGGGACUCGCGGCCAUGUGCCUGCAGGAGCACCACGCCCUGCGCCCCGUCAUGACCGACGUCGUCUUCGCGCUCGACUUCCUCUCCACCGAUCGUCCUUAGCUUUUCUUCCUCUCCUUAGGUGCGUGGAGAGAUUGUGGUUCAACAUUGUGGUGGAUGGAUGUAGCAAAUCUCACAGUGGUUCAACAGGAAGGUCUUUGGAUGACGGUGGUGAUGAUCAUAUGUCCCUAUAAGAUGGAGUUGAGUCAUGGUAA